AUGGCGAAGCGCGGAUCAAACGCAAGCUUCCGCGCCCUGCGGUCGCUCUUCAAGGACGUCGAGUUGCCUCCGUCGAUCAAGCCCCAUGAAGAAGCCUUCGUGAAGCGCGUCUUCUCGGCCCUCGAGUCGCAGCGCAUGGCCAGCCUCAGCUCGAGCGAGAAGGCCGACCUGCCCGGUGGCGAUGUCCCCGAAAUCGCAUUUGCCGGACGCUCGAAUGUCGGCAAGUCAUCGCUCAUCAACGCUCUGACGUCGUCCACGAUCAUGAAGGCGUCCAAGACGCCUGGUCGGACGCAGCUGCUGCACUUUGUGUCGGUGGGCGGCAAGCCCGGUGGCCAGCCCGACAUUGCACUUGUCGAUAUGCCUGGAUAUGGCUUUGCGCAAGCGCCUAAGUCGAUGGUGGACGACUGGCAUCGCCUUGUCGGUCGCUAUAUUAAGCAUCGCACGGGCAGCAACCUCAAGCAUGUGUUUCUGCUCAUCGACAGUCGUCGCGGCAUUACGUCGGUGGAUCAGGACUUUAUGGACCUCAUGGAAGACCUCGACACAGACUUCCAGGUCGUCUUCACCAAGGUCGACGCGCUCUCGACAGCUGCUCUUGAGAAGACAAUCGCGACGGCCGAGGCCAGCGUUCAAAAGUACAUGCGCAUGCAUCCCAUUUUGCACCUACUGAGCUCGAAAGAGAAUCUCGGUGUGCGUGAGAUUCGCAACCAAAUCGUCACCAUGAGUGGUGUCCUCUCGACGCUCCAAACCAAGGCCCAAAAGCGCCAGAACAAGGAGCUCGAAGCCGAGGCAGCUCUUCUUGAACAGACACCGCCCACACCGUAG